CGAGCGAGGGAGCGAGCAAGGGGCCGCCGCGGUCCCCUUCCGCCCGGCCGCUCCAGCCUUGGCCGCCGCCGCGGCCAAUUCCCCAGCUGAGACCGGCUACAUCGCAGCAGCUGCAGCGCGCAAUUCGGCUCCGAGGAAGUUGACCUAGGAGGCUGCGGCAGGAUCCCCGGGGCCAGAUCCGGCGCAGCGGUCUCCUCCUCGCACACCCCCUGCUGCCUCCUGCGUGUUCUACUUUUCAUCUCUGCUAUUGUUACAGAUUGUAUUCUGCUGGCAAGCUUUCCACUGAAACUUACAAAGAAAGUGUUGGAUUUCCCCUCGUUCGAACUGAGGGAUUGCAGACCUCCUCUGCGUAGCCGGAUCUAACCCACCCUCUGUCCCCCUCCGGGUACCAAAGUGCUUAUUCCACUCCAAAGUGCCAUGUCUGAACUGUUAACGGGAAGAAGGGACUCCUGAGACCUGCCCACACCUUUGCACCUGCCUUGAGCUUCCCCUUUCUCGGCCACCUUCCCCGGCCGAAGCAGCACCGAGGAACCCCGCUUUGAAUGUCCUCCGUGGAAACUGGUUCUCCGAGGCUGGAGCGCUGAGGCUGGGUUUGGGGGAGGAAUAUUAGACUCGGAGGAGUCUGCGCGCUUUUCUCCUGCCCGCGCCUCUGGAUCGCCGCUAGUUCACAGCUCAGUCCCUGUGCUCGCUCCCCCACCCCACCCACUUCCUGUGCUCGCCCGGGGGGCGUGUGCCGAGCAGCUGCAGGAGUUCUGGGAAGUUGUGGCUGUCGAGGAUGGGGGUCUGUGGGUACCUGUUCCUGCCCUGGAAGUGCCUCGUGGUCGUGUCUCUCAGGCUGCUGUUCCUUGUACCCACAGGAGUGCCCGUGCGCAGCGGAGAUGCCACCUUCCCCAAAGCUAUGGACAACGUGACGGUCCGGCAGGGGGAGAGCGCCACCCUCAGGUGCACGAUUGACAACCGGGUCACCCGGGUGGCCUGGCUAAACCGCAGUACCAUCCUCUACGCUGGGAAUGACAAGUGGUGCCUGGACCCACGUGUGGUUCUCCUGAGCUACACCCAAACCCAGUACAGCAUCGAGAUCCAAAACGUGGACGUGUAUGACGAGGGCCCGUACACCUGCUCCGUGCAGACGGACAACCACCCUAAGACCUCUCGGGUCCACCUCAUCGUGCAAGUAUCUCCCAAAAUUGUAGAGAUUUCUUCAGAUAUCUCCAUUAAUGAAGGGAACAAUAUCAGCCUCACCUGCAUAGCAACGGGUAGACCAGAGCCUACGGUUACCUGGAGACACAUCUCUCCCAAAGCCGUGGGCUUUGUGAGCGAAGACGAGUACUUGGAAAUCCAGGGCAUCACGAGGGAGCAGUCCGGGGACUACGAGUGCAGCGCCUCCAACGACGUGGCCGCGCCCGUGGUGCGGAGGGUCAAGGUCACCGUGAACUAUCCGCCAUACAUUUCAGAAGCUAAGGGUACAGGCGUCCCCGUGGGACAAAAGGGGACACUGCAGUGUGAAGCCUCAGCAGUUCCCUCAGCAGAAUUCCAGUGGUACAAGGAUGACAAAAGGCUGGUUGAAGGAAAGAAGGGGGUUAAAGUGGAAAACAGACCUUUCCUCUCCAAACUCAUCUUCUUCAAUGUCUCAGAACACGACUAUGGGAACUACACUUGCGUGGCCUCCAACAAGCUGGGCCACACCAAUGCCAGCAUCACACUCUUUGAAGUGAAAUCUACAGCUCUGAUCCCUUGGAAAGGCCCAGGCGCUGUCAGCGAAGUGAACAAUGGGACAUCGAGGAGGGCGGGCUGCAUUUGGCUGCUCCCUCUCCUGGUCUUCUUACUCCUCAAAUUUUGAUGUGAGUGCCACUCUCCCUACCGGGGAAAAGCUGCUGCCACCGCAACCACCGACACCACAGCAACGGCAACUCCGACAACAGCAAGAGCAAACCCGUUUCUAAGUCAGAUGUAAUCAGAGGAAAUUCAGAGAAACAGAUCCUAUCGGGACACAAAUUCGAGGGAGGGGAACCAAGAAGACUUUGGGCAAACACGUUUAAAAAGGAAAUUGAGAAUCGCCUUGCAGGCCUUGCAGAUGUGUAGGUACAGCUGAGUUUCCUUUCUUUCCCCAAAUGGGAGGAGCGCACACCCGGCUUUGGACCCACCCGCAAGCUGCAUUGCGUGACCUCUGUUUCCAGGUGGACGAGGGCUCAGCCACUCUGCCACUAACGUGCCCCUACCAAGGAAAAUUCUGGAGUCGGCCACCCCAAAUUCAAUCAGUCACUAGAGGCGAACACAGAGUGAGACGUGUGGCCCCGAUGCGCCCCGGGGUCCUUCCAUAGACUGUGCCACGGUUGUGUGUGUUCUGAAAUGAAAUUUAAAAAAUAAAUAAAUAAAAAGGAACCUAGACAA